CGAGAUUUUUGGGAGUUCUUUCUUUUCUCUGGGUGUCUCGUGCGGUUUGCUCGCGAGCACGACUGCCUUGGCUGGGAUGUUUUGUGCAGUCGCCAUUCCCUUGUGUGACGUCAUAGUGCAUUGUUGUGACUUGCGUAGCGGAGCAUCCCUCAAGCUGUCAGCUGUGUCGCCGUCGCCGCCGCUGCGGGAGCGCGAGCCCGAGCCGGCCCAGCCCUCCACCUCCUGUCCGUCCCCCCGCCCCUCCCUCAGGGGUUCUAGAAGUCCACGUCACCGUAUCAUUGUCUGUGCGGGACCCUCGGGCUCCCCCUCCCUCCCCCCGCCCCGUCCCUGCACGUUCCAUCCCGCCCCCGCCCCCCCUAGAACCAUCUCAAUGAGAUGCAAACAUGAAAGACAAGAGGAAGAAGAAGGACCGCACCUGGGCCGAGGCUGCCCGCCUGGCACUGGAAAAACAUCCCAACUCGCCAAUGACUGCAAAGCAAAUAUUGGAAGUUAUUCAGAAAGAAGGGUUGAAAGAAACAAGUGGCACUUCUCCAUUAGCUUGUCUGAAUGCAAUGCUUCAUACUAACACUCGUGUUGGUGAUGGGACAUUCUUCAAAAUUCCUGGCAAGGCAGGACUCUACGCACUCAAAAAGGAAGACUCUACAUGCCCAGCAGAUGGAACGUUGGAUUUAAGUUGUGAAUCUGAGUUGGAUGCUACUGAAAUGGCUGAAACAAACAGCAAUGGUGAAGAAAAUGGAGUUUGUACUAAGCAAGCACCUGAAGAAGUGUCUUCCAUUCGGGACUCAAGCCUCACCAAUGCACCAAUGCAAAGCAAGCUAGUGUCUUCCUUCCAACAGCACACCAAAAAGGCACUUAAACAGGCUUUGAGACAGCAGCAGAAAAGAAGAAAUGGAGUCUCAAUGAUGGUAAACAAGACUGUUCCUCGUGUUGUUUUGACACCAUUAAAGGUGUCUGAUGAGCAAUCAGAUUCACCUUCAGGAUCUGAAUCUAAAAAUGGUGAAGCAGACAGUUCUGAUAAAGAAAUGAAACAUGGGCAAAAAUCUCCAACUGGAAAACAAAUGAGCCAGCACUUAAAGAGAUUAAAAAAAUCUGGUUUGGGACACUUGAAAUGGACCAAAGCUGAGGAUAUUGACAUAGAAACUCCAGGAUCUAUUCUUGUGAACACUAACCUGCGAGCUUUAAUAAACAAACACACAUUUCUUUCCUUACCUCAGCAUUUCCAACAGUACCUCCUGCUUUUGCUUCCAGAAGUAGAUAGACAGAUGGGAAGUGAUGGAGUUUUGCGCCUCAGUAGUUCCGCUCUAAAUAAUGAAUUCUUUGCAUAUGCAGCACAAGGGUGGAAACAACGAUUGGCAGAAGGAGAAUUUACUCCUGAAAUGCAGAUGCGUAUCAGACAAGAGAUUGAAAAAGAGAAGAAAACAGAGCCCUGGAAAGAGAAGUUCUUUGAAAGAUUUUAUGGAGAAAAGCUGGGAAUGUCAGUAGAGGAAUCUGUGAAGCUUACAGCUGUACAGAGCAGUAUUGAAGAUCAUUCACUCUGUGGGUCUUCAGAAUUGCCUGGUCCUUCAAGAGAGUCAGCUUUUGAUGAUCAUGAAGAGAAAAGCAACCAGCUGCCACUUUUGCCAGAGAGAGAUUUCUGUCGUUCACUUUGCAACAUGGAACAUGUUGCAUCUAAGGAUCUGAUAGCAGAAGCAGAAGGCAUUUUGAUACCUGAAGAAUCUGUUAUUCAAGAAGAGAUUGCUGAAGAGGUUGAGACAGGUAUCUGUGAGUGUCAGGAGGAGAACCAUAAAGCUGGGCAUGUGAAUUCUGCACAGCUGGUCAGCCCAGUUGGUACAAAUGAAGAAACAGAAACUUUGCAACUUACAGGGAACUCUGAAUCUUGCGUUGUGAUGAAUGAUGUAGUAAGUACAUUGUGUCAUAUUGAAAUUAAGGCAGAGGAGAGAUUGGAACAUCCCCAGGAAGAAAUGUCAGUCCUGACCGAUCAACUGAAAAACAGUUUAUCGCCUUCACAUUCCGCUGCAUCAACAAACUCUCUCAGUAAUAUGGAAGAAAAGGAUCUGGAAUCUGCAAAAGAACUAAGUCCUCAUGGGAAAUAUUCCCCUGUCCUCAAUGGUUCCUUAUUCACUGGUGGAGGUGUUGCUGUACAUAUGGAACUGCAAAGCGACCCUGAUGAACAGUCAUCUGAAAAUGCUUGUGUUUCUGAAACUUCCUUUUCCUCUGAAAGCCCAGAAGAACCAUGUGCCAGUAUUCCAUCUCCUGGAGGUGAUACACAAUCAGAGGAACCUUGUACACCAGUAUCUCUGGAAACAGUGUGUUCAUCUGACAUGUCUUGCACUGAAAAUACAGAAGCUGAUAGUCAACAAAAACCUAUUGAUGAUAAUCUGAAUGCAUCUUUAGUAUCUGAAGUAUCUCCUAUGCCUGCCUCACCUGUAACCUCAGAAGCAUCUCUGAUGUCAAAUUUGCCUCUGACUUCAGAGGCAUCACCAGUUUCCAAUUUACCUUUACCAUCAGAAACCUCACCAAUGUCUGAUGUGCCCUUAACAUCUGAAACCUCUUCAGUGUCUUCUGUACUUUUAGCUUCUGAAACAUCUCAUUCAAAUAGUCUAUUGUUACCUUUGGAAACAUCUCCGCUUUCUGAUUCCCCAAUGAGUGAAAGGUUUAUUCAGCAGAGAAAAUCACCAUGUUUGUCUGAAGAAUCACUGUCACCACUGAAAGAAGAGGCCUCUGUUAUUCCUGAUGCUUCUCAAGAAGAGGACCGUGCUUUACAACAGAAACAGCUCCAAGGUGCACCUGAACUUAUGCAAGCUGUCACACCUGAAGCUUCAGUAGUGGAAGAAUCCCAGUCUAGAAACAUUGCUAAUCAGCCAUGUAGAUCACAUACUGAAAUAGAAAAAUCUUUCAUUUCUUCUACUGAAGAAUACUCUUCUCCAGAAGUAAUAAAAAUUAGAAAUCAUGGUGCUCAGCAAAGAGUUGAAAAGAAAUGUACUGUCUCUCAGCUAGAAGUGUCUGUUCUAACAGAAGCAGCAGGAUGCAAAAAUACUGAAUCUCUUCCAUGUAAAUCACAUGAUAAACUAUAUACCUCAUCAGAAAAGUUAUUCCUGGAAGUGGGCAGAAAUAAAUCUCACAAACUUCAAGGGACUGCACAGAGUCGAUUUGAAAGUUCCUAUUCAACAAAGUCAUCAGAACCCAACAAGUCCCCUGAAAUAAGAGGUGAAAAUAGGGACCUGGAGAUUCCAAAGAGGAAGACUGCUGAACACCAUGGAUUUGGAAUUUUCAAAGAGAAGCGAGCUAGAAUUGAAGAUGACCAGGCACAUCGUAAUGCAUCAACAAGUUCAUCCGAGAGAGAAGCACCACCUAGGGAAGAGCCCAAAGUCCCACCUCUUAAGAUUCAGCUUUCAAAAAUUGGCCCACCUUUUAUCAUCAAAAGUCAGCCUGCUUCCAAGCCAGAACCAAGGGCUUCUCCAAGUACAUCAGUUAGUAGUGGGAGGAACACUGGGGCUAGAACCCUUGCAGAUAUCAAAGCAAGAGCACAGCAAGCUAGAGCCCAGAGAGAGGCAGCAGCUGCCGCUGCAGUCGCAGCAGCUGCAAGCAUUGUCUCUGGGGGUUUAGGGAGCCCCUGUGAAGGUGGAAAAACUAGGACAUUGGCACAUAUCAAGGAGCAGACAAAGGCUAAGUUGUUUGCAAAGCACCAAGCAAGAGCCCAUUUGCUUCAGAACAAUAAAGAAACCAAGUCUCAACAUGCCUCAAAGGAAGGUCCAUCAGCUGUGGAGAGCUCUGCUUCUUCUGAAAUAAAGAUUGAAGGUUCUACUGGUGUAAUUAUAGUUAAUCCCAAUUGCAGGUCACCUAGCAACAAGUCUGCUCACCUUCGUGAAGCUUCUGCUUUACUUCAGCAGUCACUUAAUGCCACUAUUUUACCAGAAACUAGUACUGACAUCUCUGUUCACAAUUCUGAUGAAAAUAUCUCUGUCUCUCAUUUGUGUGAGAAAAUUCUUUCAUCUACCUCUACAGAAACUAACAGUGUGUCAGUGCUAUAUAAUAAAAAUUCAGUUCCCAUGUCUGUGUGUAGCACUACUAUGUCAGGAGCAAUUAAGGAACUUCCUUUUUCAGGUUCUGUUGAUAAGUCCUCUGUUUUAAUGUCUGUUGAAAGUACAGACACAAAAACUUGCAAUAUAAACAUGCUGAAAUCCGUCCAAGGGGGUGACACUCCAUGCAUUGCCAUCGUGCCAAAAUGUGUUGAGAACCCCACUGCACCAACCACAGUAGACUGUACAGUCUUGUCAAAUUCCAUAGAUGAAAAAAGAUUGCCAAUACCAAGCAACAAUGCAAGCAAUGCAAUUUCCAGCCAGUACACCAGUGUGCCAACUUCAUCCACUGGAAGUAAUUUGCCAAAUCAUCUGGUUGGUAGCUCUGUUUUGAUUCCUCCAGUGGGGUCUACAAAUAGAUAUUCAGAUAAGAUAGCCAUAGCUGGGUGCAAUGACCCAAGUUCUUUGUCAAAUAGCACCUCUGUUAGGGCAGCUCUGCAUUGCAGUGAGGCGCUUCCAGUAGCAGAUACUGUUGCCAGGACUUCCAUUUCAGUCUUUGCCAAUAAUAUGAUGACAGUAAGUUCUUAUGAGAACACAUCCAAAAUGAGCGCUGAUGCAAUGGAGAGAAAUUCUGGAGUAAGAAACCGGUUAGAUAUAUCUGGUAAAUCUUCAGUAGGUUAUGCACAGGCACCCAUGAAUAGAUCUAUACCUUGUAAAGUCAUUGUUGACCAUACAACAACAACAAUUAACUCAAACUUGUCACUGGGUAUUUCUAUUGAAAACUCAGAAAACAGUACAGAUAUGCAGAACAGACUUAUUAGGACAGAAACUGCUUCACAAAAUAUAGCUUGUCCUCAAGUGUCUGUAAUAAGCAGGCCAGAGCUGCUUACAAAUGAAAAUCUGGAGCACAGCACUGGCUUUAUCACUGUUACAGCAAAGCAAGAUAGCAAACAUUUGCAAGCAUCAUGUACCAGUCUUCGAGAAGUGCCUCCCAUGCCUCAAGAUAAACGAAUAGAAGCUGUUCCUCCUGGCCAAGGUUUUUCAGAACAGUUGCGAGGCUCUUUGGCUUUCAAAGGUGAAGCAGACAAUGUCUGUGCCAACUCAUAUAACCCUACUAGAAGAAUCUGCUGGAAUGAAGAAGAGGCAAUGAACACCGACCAGACUUUGGUCAGUCAUCUUAAUCCAAAUAAGCAUAAGGAAUAUACCGAGCAAAACUGUUUAAAAAAUGUCAAAACAGAGCCUUUGGGUUUUGCACAUCUGAAUGAGAUGCAUUCAAGGAACAUUGUGACAAGCAUAGCCAUGCCUGUUAAGUCAGAAGCUAAUGAAUCUGACAAAUGCUUUAGGAUGGACACUGAAGAUUUUGCAAGGCCUGAAAUGCCUCUCCAGGGUGCAGAAAUAGCCACAAGCACACAGCCAGCACAAACCUCCAAGACAUCCGUUACGGAUUCCAUGGAAAACUCUUUGUCCUUAACAACAGAAACUCUAAAAAGAGUUACAAGUGCUGGAAGUUCUAGCUGUCGUUUAUCAUCAGUGGAAGCCAACAAUCCACUAGUGACACAGUUAUUGCAAGGCAACCUGCCAUUAGAGAAAGUGCUGCCACAGCCCAGGUUAGGAGCUAAGCUAGAAAUUAACAGGCUUCCCUUGCCUUUGCAAACUACCUCUGUAUGUAAAUCAGCAACAUCUGAGAGAAAUGUAGUCGAGAAUCCUUCCAACUCUCCCAGUACAGAUGGCAGAGGAUUUACAUCAGCCACUAUUGCCCCACUACAAAUCAGAAAGCGUGAAAACCACCCCAAAAAACGAAUGGCUAGGACAGCGGGGGAAGUUCAAUGUGAGCCUGGGAAGCCAUCAAUGGACACAGAUGUUAAAGUGGGUCCUUGUAUCAUCAGUUCCACCAUGAACCAACUUGGGCACAGCCAGGUGUUUAAACAAGAGUGGUCAAGCAAGCAUGCCAUUCAAAGCAGAAUUGCUCACAGCCCAGAGAUCAAACAGCAGAAGAGGCCACUGCCUUCAUGCAGUUUCCAGCAGAACUUAUUUAACGUAGACAAAAAUGGCAGUUUUCAUGCAGAAGCAGGCACCUCACAUAGACAGCAUUUCUACCAAAUGCCAAUGGCUGCAAGAGGCCCUGUUCCUACAACAGCUUUGAUGCAGGCAACGUUAAAAGCCCCAACUGGCUGCAGUGCCUUUGCUUUCAGCAGGCACCUAGAACAGAAGGUUUUGGGAGAGGUCAACAUGUCUACAACACCUCACCAACUGAGAUUGGCUAGUGUUUUUUCCCCCAACAUUCAAAUUAAGGAAGGUGAUGACAUUUCUAGUGCUUCACAGACUCAGCAGAAUAAAUCAUUAGUACAUCCUCCUCCCCCUCUGCCCCCUCCUCCUCCCCCACCUCCUCCACCUCCACCUCUUCCCAAUGCAGAAGCUCCAUCUGAUCACAAACAACCGGCAGUUACUAUGGAAACCACUAAAAGACUUAGUUGGCCUCAGCCGGCAAGCGUCUGUAGCAAUAUAAAAUCUGAACCUAUUUCUUUUGAGGAAGGUUUAAGCAGCAGCUGCGAGCUGGGCACAAAACAAGCUUCUUAUGAUCAGAACGAAGUAAAAGAACAGUUGAAAGCCUUUGCAUUGAAAAAUGCCGACUUCCCUCCCUAUUUACUUUCUGAACCACAGAAGCCUUUUGCCCAAUUAACUGCUCAGAAAAUACAGACUCAGCAGCAGCAGCAGCAGCUCUGUGGAAGUUACCCUACAAUACACUUUGGUAGCACAAGCUUCAAAAGGGCAGCAUCUGCAAUUGAAAAAUCUAUUGGAAUUUUAGGAAGUAGUUCAAAUACAGCCCCAAGCCUAUCUAUUCAGAACACUCAGAUUCCAGUUCAGAAAUUUGCUGACAACAGCAGUGCAGAUGAGCUGGAACUGAAAUGUUCUUGCAGGCUGAAAGCCAUGAUAGUGUGCAAAGGCUGUGGAGCCUUCUGCCAUGAUGACUGCAUAGGCCCUUCAAAAUUGUGUGUAGCCUGUUUAGUUGUUCGAUAGAAUCCAAAGUAGAGAUGCAGUAUCCCUGACUAGCAAUGGGAAAAGAAAAGGGGAAAAAAGGAGGACAGCUGGAAUAUUUUGGGACAUUUUGUAUCGGGAUACAAAAUGUUUCCGGGGAAGCUUUGUUUAGAAUUGAGUUAUUCCUGUUUGCAUGGCUCACCCUGGUAAGAACAACCCCUUGGAAUAACGUGCACAAAAAGUUAAACAUGUCCCACUUUCUUUACAGUACUUCGUUGAAGUACAACAAAAACCUUUGUUAACAUAAAACAAAAUUGCAUUUUCAUUUCUAUGUAUGUGCACAAAGUGCAGAACAUUGUUUUCUCCAUGCAUAAACAUAACAUAUCUUUCCAGUAAAAGAAUUACAAGUUCCAUAAUUCUCCAAAUGUCUGUGCAUGGAACAGUGCAAGAAUGCAGGAGAACCCUAAUCAAUGAAGAAGAGACAAUGGGCAGGAAGAAGAAUAUUCUACUAUCCCUAGCAGGCUGUUGUAGCGACUGCAGCUCGGCGGUUUUUGUAACAAUUUCAUUCCUGAAACCACGUUUGCCAACCAUGGUUGACUUUUAGGCAGCAAAAAAGGAAUGAAAUACUUUGGUAAUUUUGCUUCCUUUAAAAUAGGCUGUUGUCCUGAAGGAAAUUUUAAUUAAGCCACGUGUUGAGGGGUACCUGUAACAAAUUGGAAUGUGCAUGAUUUUAGAAGUUUGGGAAGUGGAGGGCAGGGGGGACGGGAGAGAGAAUAACUACAACUAUUAUAAUAUAUUAAUCCAUUUAUCUUCCCAAACCUCAUCUAUAAAUUUAUCCUGAAGGGAGAUACUCAACUUAUAUACAUAUAUGGACCAUAUUAUGUAAGCAACAAGCAUGUUCUGAGCACUAUCAUUUAAAUAGCCUAAAACAAAUUCUUCUUUGAUUCUGUCUCUGUGUAGAACCCCCCCCAAAAUGAAAAAGAUUCAUGUGUGAUUUACAGUCCUUUUAAAUAUGUUUACAGCUUGAUAUAUUUUUCAGUAUUCUACUAAAUUUACUUGUAAUCGUCUUUUUGUGGGUUAGAGAGUUCACACCACAAAUAUUUUAUAGGAUGGCUAGAAAAAUGAAGAGAUUUUAAAGGGAUGCUGCAUCUUUUAGGCACAUCUUUUAGAUUGUAUUUAGUAGUGGUUUAUGUUGAUAUAUUCAAGACAUAUUGGCCACCAAACUAUAGGAGAAGAGCUGAGCAAUUGCUUAGUUCUUUUCACUAAUAAGGAAAAAGCUGUAAAGGGAUAAAAAUGUGGAGCUUGGCAAGAGGAGAUUAUUGGUUUUCUUGAAAAGGAUUUUUUUCUUACCAAGGAGACCAUAAAAUGUAGAGUGGAAGUAAUUUAACAUGCUGCUGUGUGAAUUUCACCACCACAACAAAGUAAACACGAGAAAAAUACAUCAUUCUUACCCACGCAGUAGUAGAACCUUACUAACCUAAUGCCUGGCAGUCCAGGCAAAAUAAAUAAAUAAAUUGGCAAUUCCUUUCCACUUCUCAUGAAAGAUUUAUAAUGGCAAAGUGCUACACUAAAAUUAAGUACUAAUAUUUUAUUACAUAUAUUUUUAUUCAAAAGAUUAAUGUAACAAGGGAAAUAAAUAUAUAAUUAAAGCAUACUUCAAUCUUUUGCAUGUUUAUCUUUUGUUACUAAAUAAUAAAUUAAACUUCCAGGCAUUUGUACAUGUUAGUGAGGUUCUACUGUUUGGAAAUUAUAUGUAUGUUCUUGUGGGACCAUAUCUAAAACGAAAUUUGCCAUUUCCCCUAUUUUUUUUAUUAUUAUUAACUGGAAUAGGCAGGGCAUAAGCCAGAGGUUUUGUGGUUUGACUGAACUCCUGUUUUGUUUUCCUAGCAAGACCAACACAUUAUCUUGAUGCCCUACAAUAUGAAAGGACUAGAUGAUUAUGCCAGAUCUGGUACGGUAAUGGAAUAUUGUAGAUCAAAAGCGCUCUUUUGUCAAAGAUAAUAAUAUGCAGAUUUUCAGCACUUUCAGGUAGCCUUGAAGAGAUUUUUCCCCAAAAUGCAUAUUUGAAAAGCAUGUUUUUAUAAUGUUCAAAAUAGAUGGCUAAAUGGAGCUAUUUGUUAAACAUGCAUGUUCUCACAUAUUUAGUUAAAAUUAAGAAGAUUUUAAAUUAGAAUUUUGGUAUCCUGAUUAAAUGCAGUGGAUGAAAUCCCAGUUCCAGUAAAUUCCUAGGAGCAGUGGAGCAAAAAUUAUGUCUGAUUAACCCUGGGCAUUUUCUUUCUUUUAUCAAAAUUACCACAGGCAACAGUUUUUAGCUAGAAUAACAUCUUCUACCUGUUCCAAGGACUGCCAACUUUAAAGAAAAAUUGUUCUGAAAAUAUACAGUAGAAAAUCUGGGCACAAUCUAUAGGAAAUUAAGCAUUUAAGGCUGCAAUUCUAUGCAUUUGAAUAUGAGAGUAAGCCCUAUUGAAUUCAGUGAGGCUUACUUCCAAGUAAACAUGGACAGGAUUGGGCUGCAAGUCUCAUGGACUUAAAUGGAAUUUUGGGCUGCCUGGCUUUCUCCAGACUAUAUCCUUUGUUCAUCUGUGUUGUGCCUAGCAUAGUAUUAAAAGGAGUUUUUAUACUCCUAUUUUAAAUGUUGAAAUAAGGGCCAGGAUAGACAAGAUGGUAGCAAAUAUGUAUGUUUAAAACCCUAGAUAUCUUUAAUCAAUACAGGUCUGAUUUUGGAGAGCAAAAGGGAAGGCACACUCCCAUAGGUAAGGCACACUAAGUCCUCCUCUGUCCAUGGCUUCCCACAGCCUCUCCUUCCAUGCUUCCAGGCUCUGACACCAGAUGUAAGUCUAUAGUAGCUGUGAAAAAGUGCAUGUGUGCUUAGGAGAUAAGUAGACAAGGGAAGUUUUAGCAUUCCUACCCUCUGUGCUCCUUUUGCAGUUAAAAUAAGCCCACACAACCUGCUUUCUACACAAUUGAAAUAAAUUUGGCUUUAAACACACAAAUCUCUACUAUUCAAUCUAGUUUGGCACUAAGGAUAUUGCUAAUUACAGAACAUUCACAUUUUGAAUGUGUGCAUGGAUGCAUGUGUGAGGGUGGCAUGGUUGUAGUUGAUUUACUUAGCAUAUGAGAAAGUGUUCUUCAAAAGAGACAUUGGACAAAAUGAUGCUCGAUAUUAUUACAUAUUUGUCCAAACUUCUCCCUAGUGGAGUUUAAGCCGCUAUUUCCUGAUGAGCCACCUAGAAUUUGACGUACUAUUUUGAAACACCUGAUGGUGACAGUAGCAGUUUAUAAUAUAUAUAUGUGCGUGUUAAUCUAGAAUAUUUAACAAAUGUUCUAUCAACUUUUAUUUGUAUCUUCCCUCUCUUUUUUGACCAAAUUUCAACACCCUGAUGUUACUGGACUCUCCCAUUAUCAGGCUGUUUAUGGCAUGGCAUAAAGUUUGAAAGGUUUAUGCACUGAAAAGGGACAAGGGAAAACCCCUCUCGAAAGCUCACAACACUUUGCAUAGAGGUUUUGCUUGGGUAUGUCUGCACCAGCACCUUUUGCAACAUUUUAUUUCAGAUUGUCCCAGUAUUCACCUUUUACAUAUAUAGUGCCUCCUCCCAGGAUUAUAGACUCUUAAACGAACAAAAAAAAGAACACAUGCAGCAAUUCACACAUCAAAUUUUAAUUUUAAUGCAAUGUGCAAAAAAAAAAGGUGGGGGAAGUCCUUGAGAUUAAACAGAGAGAGAGAGAGAUCCUCCCUGGAUUUUUGAGAUGGUGUAAGACAAGGGAUAGAAUAUGAGAGUUGGUCAAGCAUAAGGAUUACAGUGGAAAAGUUUGGCUUAUUUAAUAAGAUACCAAGAGUUAAGACCUUGAGGUAGCUGCCUAACUCUCCAGAAAUAACUAGCAGUGCUCACACCUAGUAGUCUAUUUGAGUAUGCAAUAUAAUAGCAGAGAGACUCUUGGGAAGUUGAGUCUCCUCCAUAACUAGGGAGGGUGGAAUUCAAGUUGUGUUUUCUCUCAGUGCAGAGGAGGACAAGAGAUCUUCCUUGGGCACUCUCUCCAGACAUAAUACUGCUCAUCUGAGUAGACUGCCUGAUAUUUGCAGACUGGUCAGCCACAAUAACACUUCCACCAGCAGUACGAGUCAUUCAACAAUUUACACUAGCGCUGUACUGAAUGUUAUGCUUGAUGUUUUGAUGCAAAAGUUGCUGUUUUGAGGGGGGGGAUGUGUAUGUGGGGGGGGGAACUGUCUUCCAGUCUUCCACAUAUAUUUUUCACUCUUGUCUUCUGCAUAUAUUCCUUUUGUCUGCAUAUAUUUUAUAUUCCUGGUCAAAGCCAUUGUUGCCCCCAAUCUGCUGCUGCUUUGAUGCUUUUUUUAAAAACUUGAAAGGACUUGUGUGAUCCCAGCCAAACAGAAAUCAUGUAGUGAAUAUGCUGAUAUCAUGGUGCCAUUUAGCUGAUCAGAUCUGGCUUCUGGAUGAUGUCACCGAGGGCAUUGUCCUCACUUUGAAUGAGCACAUCCAGGCAACUGGGCCAAUGCUCCGUAUCUUGCUGUGCUGCACUGGUAGUUUCAUUGCCUGGAAUCACUGCCCCUGUGAGACUUUAAUUCAGAUGUAGCUCAAAUUCUGCACAGACUGCAUUUCAUGAGAGUAAAUGGUUACGAAAUGUCUCACCCCAUUCCUGCGUGGCACUAGUUUCAGGGCAACAAAUAUGUGAGGAAUGAACAAUAUAUUCACAUCUUUGCAUAUCUGUGUAAAUGAAUCUGCAGUUGGGGUCUGAAGCACACAGAUAUGGACAUUCAGGCAUACAUUUCUGUCACUCAGUUUACAUGGAAGUAGUGGGUAAAAACACCAGUGUAUCCUUGACAAAUGCACUUGUCACGAAAAAUGUUGAGCUUCUGACUUUCACUUGAAGAUCCCAGGAAGUGGAAUGCUGAUAAGGGAUAAACUGAGACAGGAGAUGGGAUAGAUAGCAGAUUCUGCUUGACCCUCUUGCUAUUUGCAGUGGCCAUGCAAAAAUGAGCUGGUGAAAAAAUACCAUCUAUCAGCAUCCAUCCACUUAUGGGGAAUAUAAUGUAGAAAUAUUUUUUGGUAAAUAUCCAUGAAGUUUUUCCACCUUCAUUUCAGCACUUUUUGAAGGAGAGAAUCUCCACUGUGUUCUUCCACAUACUCUAAUAUUUUUUACGCAUAUCUCUGAGCUCUGUACAUAAUGUUCGGGCAUUUGCUGGGUGCAUUUUGAGUUCCUUCAAAUAAUUUUCUAAACUGAAAUUCCCUUGUCCCAUUAUGGACGUAGUGUAAAGAUUUGGUGAAGUAGGCACUCCCCAAUCUUAUAUUUUAUUUACUUGCUAUGAUCUAGUGCAUGAAAUUAAUUAAUCUAGGGUGGAGGGAAGGUUGAGCCAUAAAGCAAAAAUGUAUUUCCUCUGUACUAUAGAUCUCCCUUUAAAAGUGGUAUGUGUUGUCAGGGUGAGUUACUGAAUUCGAUUUUCAGGACUGUGGAAUUUCUUGAUCAGUUUCCUCUAAACUGGUGCAUAUGGUGCUUUAUAAUGCAGUUUCUAAAGUGAAAUUACCUUAUGCUGCAGCCCUUUUAAACACACGCACAAUUUCAGAGAAGUUGUUAAAGUCUCUGGUUUUGCAUAGUAUGAUGAAGGCCCAGGAUCAAUACUCAAGAUAGCUCAAAAAAAGCACCUAAUGGAUCAUCUUAGCUUACAUAUGUAAGGCCAUGUUAGACACUGAAUGACUUUCUCUGUAACAGCUGCAGUUCUCUACAACACUAAGGGAAAGACCAACAACACUUUUCAGUGAAUUAUCAUGGACCGGUGUAGCUAAAUGUUUCUGAAUCUAAGGGAGAAAUCCUGUUGUCUUUCAGACAUCAUGCUUUGUCAUUGUAAAACCAACAAAAUAGUAUUUUUGUCUAAUUUAAAGGAGCUGCUUCUUUUAUAGCACAUAUUUCGCUUUGUACUAUAUUUGAUAGUUAAAGGAUAAUUUAGCCUGUAGAAUACUUCGUUGUAUUUGUACUGUUCAUGAAUGUUACAAAAAAGUGCUUUACUUUAUUGCCAUUAAUUCUCUUGUACUGCUGUAAAAUUAUUCUUUCCUGCUUUACAAAAACCUAAAUUGACAUUUUUGGUACUGGGUUUUGUAUUAUUAUUAUUUUUGUCAGUGUUUUGAAUGUUUACAUCUCUUUGACACUAGCCAUUCAAUGCCUUUUUUAGGGUAGUAUUUCUCCUGCCCAAGAUAACAGCAAUGUGAAAUCAACCCAUAUCUGUCUUGCAUGAGGAGCAUACAGUGGUGUUGGUUGGGGAAUCCCUGCCAUGCAUUAAUAUUUUUCAUCCACAUAUAGAGAAAUAAAACCUCCUUUCAGUCCUCUACCAAAGAAAAAAAAAUAUUCCCAUAGGGUAAGUUCUUCAAAUUCUCAGAAGGGGGAGCAGUUGAUUUCAAUGGCAUUGCUACAGUUUACUUUUUAUGCUUGCUUUAUUACCUGACUAAAUGUGACUGAGUGGGGAGGGAGUUUUAAUUUUUUUUUAAGAGGCAGUGUUUGGUUUAGAAUUCAGGGAUCAUGCUUUCAUCAAUGGUGCUGUUCGUCUUUUUUUUUUAAAGGAAAACAUUUGUUGCAUACAGAAGUGACUGAUCACAAGAUUAUAAAGCAAAAUGAAAAUAUUUGUUUUGUCUACAUGUUUGCUCUCUACCCUCCCAGUCCCUUGAAAAUAACAAUUUGGGCUUCAAUAUUAAAAUAUUCUAAAGAAAAUAAAAACAAAAAUAAACAUGGUUUGGGUUUUUCUUCUUGCAUUUGUAUAAUGUGCUAUAUGAAAACAAGCUAUUUGUUGGAUAUCAGGAAGAUUGUUACCAGAAAUGGGGGGAAUAUGCAUAUUUUAUAACUGACAAUCUUUUGUUAUGGUGUAUAUCUUGUAUAAAGGUUUGUCUCUUGUUGUCAAAAACAGUGUGAAGUAAAAAACGCACACACAAAGUGGUUGUUUUGUUGAAGCUAAGCC